UCCAGCUCAGCCGCAGGCUCCUGGCUCCCGCCCGCCCGCCCCUGACUCUGCAAACUGCCCAGAGGGAGGAGGAUGGAGACGCUCUCUGCCGCUCAAUUCAUGGCGCUGCUCUGCCUGGGUUUCCACUUUCUACAAGGGGUCAUCAGCACAACCGUGAUUCCAUCGUGCAUCCCAGGAGAGUCCGAGGACAACUGCACAGCCCUAGUUCAGACGGAAGACAAUCCCCGUGUGGCACAGGUGUCAAUCACCAAGUGCAGCUCUGACAUGAAUGGCCUCUGCCUGCACGGACAGUGCAUCUACCUGGUGGACAUGAGUGAACACUACUGCAGAUGUGACGUGGGCUAUACUGGUUUCCGGUGUGAACACUUCUUCCUCACCGUUCACAAACCCUUGAGCAAAGAAUACGUCGCCCUGACAGCGAUUCUCAUUCUCCUGUUCUUUGUCAUCACCACUGGGUCCAUAUACUAUUUCUGCAGAUGGUACAAACAUCGAAAAAGUAAUAAAUCAAAGAAGGAAUAUGAGAGAGUAACUUCCGGAGACCCCGCGGUGCCACAAGUCUGAACAUCACCAUCAAGUUUUGAACUGGGAUGUCAAUAUUUAAUUAUAUUAAUAAUAUUUAUGUUGGGUCAUGUGUUAGGUCAAUAACUGUUUAUUUUUUAAUGUAUUUGGAAAGUGUUUUAUUUUUGACAGACUAUUGUUAAUAUAUUAUAUGUAAAGUAUUUAAUAUCAAAAGAAAAUUGAUAUUUUUGUAAGAAUUUCCUGAGUGAAAUGCUUUAUUGAAAACCAUCAAAGCUCAGUAAGCUGGAGCUACGCUCAGAGUCAGCAAUGCCCAGCCUGUUGCAAGUGCCAUUCCGGUGGGCAUAAAUAAUAAGGUCAAAUCAAUUGUGUAAAUAAUUUAUUUUCUGCUUCUCAGAUCUGUGACAACUGAUUUGACUAUAUCAUGGCUUGGCACAGAGGUUGACACCAUUACUUCAUGUAUUAAAACAGUAAUAAGGGGAGGUAAACCCAACUUGUGUGCCUGACACCACACCCGUGAGCCAAUGAAUCCUGGAGAGGAUCUCUCCUCAGCAUCCCUGCUAUUUGGUACAGACGUGCCGAGAGGGGCCAAGAACAAGGCCUGUGCUAACCCACCUGAAGCACGGGCAUCCCUUUUAUGUAGAGUACAUCAUUAAUGUGAAGUCCUUCUUGAAUAUCAAUCAGAAAAGCCACAUUUGAAGAAAAUUUGAACUCCAUUUUAGAUUAUUUAUUGUUAUAGGAUUAAAUCAGAAUCCCAAAUCAAAUUAAUCAUAAUUUUAAAAUAUAGCCGGUUGCUAGUCAGAUCUUGUCUAACAUGGAAAUGUACUUUUUAUUUUAUAUUCAAGAGGUUUUGUUUGUUUUUCUUUUUGUUGUUGUUGUUGUUGUUUUUAACCCAGAGUUUCACUCUUUUGAUCAGAGUGGCUCCAAACUCAUGGUAAUUCUCCUGCCUUAGCCUCCCUGGCUCUGGGAUUAUAGGCCCAUAUUACCAUGCCUAGUUUCAAGAGAAUUUUCACUGACAACUAGUUCAGCAAAUACCUUAUUUCAGAUUUUAAAGUUCCAUUUUAAAAACAUGGGCCCUCUCCCUGUCAUUUGUUUGCAUUUAUGGAAAGAGAGAAGUUAGACUCUGCUCCCGGCCUGUGGGUCUCUGUGAGUCACUCGCUGAUUCUGUGUGGUUGCCUCAGGAUUCCCCGCCGGCACACCUUUGCCUUUCCUGGGAGGCUGCCUAACCAAAGGCUCAAUUUUAGGUGGAAUCUCUCUGGAGCACAUUCCAGGCCAGGGAGAGUCUAUUCUUCCUCCACCUUUUUCCUGGCAUGUGGUAGGGCAGCCAAGCCUCCAUGAGUUGCCUCUGACCUCUAGAGUGCAAGGGAAGAAAACAUUCCUGCCCUAUGGAGCCACUCAUGGAAAACCCUGGAAGGCUCACACAGCUCGCAUCAAAAGUCCAGGCCUUGCUAUGUGGGAAAGCAGCAGAUGAAAGAAGCAAUGCACACUGCAUUGCUGUGCACACGCUUGUGCAUACAUCCGCGCCACACUUUGCAGAAUUACAGCUGUUUAUUUCUGCAUUAGCCAACAUAUUUACUUCUAAGAAGACAAAGGCAAAUGAAGGUCAGUGAUAUUUAAAGGUAUAUUUCUUUGUCAUUUUAUUUAGCUAAAGUCUAAGGUCCUGAGUAAGAACACAUUUUAAAUCCCAUUGGUACCAACUGGACAGAAGAAACCUGGUCUGUUUUAAGUGGCCUUGACUUCUCCAGAUGAAAGUUUAAAGCUCACCAAGAACUGAGCUAGAAUAGAGCGAGUUAAUUUACAGAUGCCAAAGAAGGCUUUUAGAUAUGGGUAUAUUGCUCCUCUAUGAACAUUUCCAAGCACACCACACCACAGAAUUUGAUGCAAGAACUUUGGAAUAGCUUUGCAUAUCUUUAAAUGUUUUUAAAACAUUUAUAUAUAUAUAUAUAUAUAUAUAUUGAUCUCAAAGCUGGGAAUAAAACUCAAAGCCUUUCACAUGUUGGGCAAACACUACCAUUGGGCUACAGCUGUAGUCCCAUAAAAAACAUAUUAUUAAUGAAAUAGUAUGAUCGAGAUUACAGGUUUUGGGUGAACAUAAGUUUGGAAAAAGUCACUGUUUUAGUGAAGAUUAUGCUAAGUGACCAUAAGAAGAGUACAAUCAAUUCAUGUGUCACACAUAUUUGUCAUUAUAUUGCACAUACACAUACUCAUGCAGGAACAUCGACAAGGCUAUACACAUCCUGUAUUGAACACAUAGCAAUUCCAGAUGCAAAGCUGCAUCCCUUACAGUCUCCCAUCAAGACCUAUCAGAUAACCCAGUAGAUGCACUCUGUAAGCAAAGACCCAAUGCGCUGUGCUCAACUCUGCAAUUUUGUCUGAGAACUGAGAUUUUUGCUACAUAAAGCCUCCAUGCCACACCACAACUCCACUGCUUUCUUCCAUCUUUUCACCCUCCCCUCCCGGGUAAAAAUCAAACCACGGGGAAAGCCAAAUAUUUAACUUUUAAGUCCUUGAAAAGAUAGCAAAAUAAAUUUAACUGCUGGGAGAAGGCAAUUAAUUAAGUAUCUAGCAAUUAUGUGGCACACCCGAGUGUCUAAUUUUUGUUUCUUUUAGUCAUAAAAACAGUAAAGUUUCCUUUAAAUCAUUUUAUCCCGCCAAACUUGUCAUUUUUGCUUCAAUUUCUAUUUUGUGGAAUUUUUUUUAAAAAGUUUUAUUUGCUGCCCAAUUUUUUUUUCUAAUUGUUCUAAUGCUAUGGGAGGAAGAGGAGCAUGGGCGCCAUUUCUGGGGUUCAUUUGAAGUUUUAUUGGAAGAAUAUGAAUGUCUAGGAGAUCUCUGCUCUUCACCCCCGAUGCUGUGGGAUGGAACACAGUCCCUUUGCACUCUGUCCUUGCACUUUGUAAGUUUGAAGAGCCAGUCAGGUAUAAGGUUUCUCUUAAAGAUUCUAAUGGAACAUAAAGUUGCGUUCACCUAAAACUUAUUUGACUAUGAAUGUUGUCGGAGAACUGAAUUGUAUCAAUUUGUUAGUAGGUAAUAUCAGCUUUGAUAGUUGUGUACCUUAAAAUAGUGAAGGAGACUGUAAUUUACAAGUUAUUGUUAGUUUUUAUUUAUUUUUGUUAGGAAUUGGCAAAGAUCACUAUGAAAAAAUAAAAGUAUGAAUGACU